AGAGGAUCUAAGGUCGUUGUAGGGAAAAUCAAUUUAUAAGUACAAGAUGCUCAAUCAUGCAUGUUCCUCUACCUUCUUCGAUGUCUUUGCAUUGAAAAUCGCAACAACUAGUAGUACGAACUCCGCAAGAAUAAGGAUUCAGAAUUGUUUUCUCUCUAGACGCCUAACGAAGUAUACACGUAAGAACGUCAAUUUGCUGAAGUGAAAUGUUAUCUACAAGACCACGACAAGUUGUAAUUAGCUGAUAACAGACAACGUCUUGAUUUGAUAAAGUGGUAUCACGACAAAGAAACUAGCACAUGCAGGCAAAAAGUUAAAUAUGCGACACAGGCAUCAAUCGCAGUCAUAUUUGCAAGCAACAAUCGAAAUUACACCUGUGAUGCAAAUCCAUGCUGUUUCCAGGGAAUGGACGUGCGCCCCGUCGUUCCUGCGCUCUUACAUAAUAACAUUUUGUGCACCUUUUGUCGACGUCGUUUUUCAAGAUGGAUGGCAUAUCGCGAUUGCUUAA